UCACAAAGCCAACAAUGACGGAAUAAUGGAUUCUUGACCUGGUCUAGUCGAAGAAAUAUCUCUGCGCGUUGUCCACAUCCUCUCCACCUGACAACCACACGCAAACACAGAACUGCAAAGUUGGCUGCUGUCCGGCGUCCAUCUCAAGUUCCGUGUUCAGUGGUACAGUGUGUGGUCAACAUGGAUGAAUUCCCCCCCAAAUUCAGCAAGGUGCUGGUGACACCUGAUCCGCAGUACAUACCGGGGUAUGCAGGUUACUGCCCCCAGCUGAAGUACCACCUGGGGAAGACCUACGGCCAGCUGACUGCCAAGCUGCUGUCCUCUCCGGAGGUGUCGCACUCACGUCGCCUAGUCCUCCACAUGGGCCGCUUCCCCUCCACAGAGAGAGACACGGGCCCGCGGGACGAGAACUGGAGGAGCCACCAUGGAGAACGCAGGAAUCUAGAGAGGAUGAUACCGGGCUACACUGGCUUUGUCCCCAAAAGCCAGAACUACUUCUCCCGUACCUACGCUGAGACGUGUCGCGAGGCACUGUCUGAGUUUGACCGAGACCAGCAGAGGAGGGUUCAUCUGGCACCAGCAGACAAACCGCUUGUCAGCAACACCACCAAUUCCGAGUUUAAAGAGCUGACAGGAAAGCUCAACAACACAACCUCGGAGACUGAGCACCCUCUGACGGCCAUCUCCAAAGAUCCAGCCCCCUACGAGGCCCUGGAGCCCUGGAAACCCAAAGUGUCUCCUUACUUCAUGGAGGACAGCAGUCCACACAAGUACUUCAUCUCAGGUUUCACAGGGUACGUGCCCAAAUCUCGCUUCCUGAUUGGCACUGGCUACCCCAUCACCACCAACAAAGCCCUGGUCCAGUUUGGAAAGGAAAUGAGGAGUGACCCCACCUCCCUGCGUCUCCCUGGGGAGGAAUCAGGAGUCCUGCCCCCCAUCCCCACAGUCUACCCGUCCCACCGGGGCCUGCUGCCCUCCUACACCGGCCAUGUUCCAGGACACAAGUUCAGGUACGGCCAGACAUUUGGGCAGCUUACCCACAAUGCCCUGGGGCUAAGCGGCACUCAGAAGAUAGAGGCCAGAGCUCAGUAACGGAGGUACAAUCCACAAGACAAUCACAUGACUUGAUAAAGGACUAGGGUAGAGAACACAUCAUGGAGUUGUUUUGAGUGAUGAAUCCAAGAACUUUGAAAUAAAUGCAUAUGUCUGUGGAACAGCAAAACCUUUCGUCUGUGGACUAUGUACAUCCCAGAGUGAAACAUAAUAAUGAUAUAUGAACAGAACAUGUACACACUGUCAAUAUGGGCAGUGGA